UCACGCGGAUUCGAACUUGUGACAAACGUCUGACACACUUCUCUGUCCGUGCGUCGGAGGAGGAGGAGGAGGAGCGGAGCUGCGGAGCUUUUACGCACGAAGAGAAAGUGGUCGUUCUUUUUUUAAUUGGUGCGUAAAAGUUGGGAGGAAAGUGCGAGGAGCUUAUUUUUUAUUGUGGGGAAAGUUUGAAAAGUUGUGUAUUUGUGCUGACGUUGUUUCCGUGAACCUGUCAGCAGCGCCCGGGUUAACCACUGGAGGAAUGCGGAGCCGCUAGAACCGGGGAGCGGAGCUGGAACCUCACAUCGACCCGCACGAACUUUUCAUUCGGAACCAAGUUGGCGAGCGAGUCUCUGCGAACAGGAUCAUGGCCACCGGCGGGUUCAAGCCCAACGCCACCGACUUCCUGGAGGAGUGGAAGGCGAAGCGGGAGAAAAUGAGAGCCAAGAUGCUGGGGGACAUUGCGGCAGCCACCGGGGCUCCUCUGGGCUCCGGCCCCGGGAACAACGGCCGCCUCGCCGCCGGAGCCGUGCCGGGCACCGAGCUCACCAACCACGGCAACCCGGAGCGAAGCGCCUCCUCCGGGAACUGCCUCCCCUCCUCCUACUCGGUGGCUCGGUCCUCCUCCGGCUCGGCUCUGAGGAGACCCGAGGAGGACGCAGUGCACCUCCCCGCUCCCCCCGCAUCCGCCGCGGCCAGCCACCUGAAGAAGGCCCCGCCUCAGCCGGAGCCAGCUCCGUGCGCCUCCCCGGACUCCAGCCCCGCGAUGGCGUGCAACGACAGCGACAAGGAGAGUCCCUCACCCGGGAAGGGCAAGGAGAAGAAGAGCAGCGGCCCCAGCGCCAGGAAGGGCAAGGGGCAGAUCGAGAAGAGGAAGCUGAGGGAGAAGAGGAGAUCCACAGGUGUUGUCAGCAUGCCGUCCACCGAGAGUCUGGACGAGCUGGACGACGACGAGCCCCCAGGGGAGAAGGACAAGAAGGAGGAGGAGCUGGUCCAGGCCAACACGUUCCAGAACGAGGCCAUGGCCGCCGACCCCGCCACCGGCCACUUACUGGACAGCCCGAGAUGCGAGAGCAGCCGGCACAAGAGCUCUGCAGGACCAGGGUCUGAGGAGGAGGUGGGCGGGAACAGCCGGCAGCGACACAACCGCCAGGGCCGAGACGGAGGUCUGGAGAAGAGGAUGGAGGAGCUGGAGAGGGAGCUGUCCAGAGAGCGCCAGGAGAGCGCCCGGAUGCUGAAGGCCCACCAGGACAAAGACGACCUCAUCGAGAAGCUGAGGGAGGAGAUCGACCUUCUGAACAGAGACCUGGACGACAUUGAAGAUGAGAACGAGCAGCUCAAACAGGAGAACAAGACUCUGCUGAAGGUGGUGGGUCAGCUGACCAGGUAGAAGCCCCACCCCUCUCUCUCUCUCUCCCCCGACCUCCUGCCUCCGGGUCAAGUCCUUCACCGUGGCCUUUUUAACUGUUUGAUUCUGUCUCUAUUUGUGUGUUAGAGGUGAAACGGAAAAGUCCUGAGAUCCUCUCAGCCUUGAAUGCAUCGUGGUGAAAGCUGAGUGAAGCGUGGGGCGUCGGUGCUGACGCUCUCCUGACAGGAUAUACACAUAUUUAAUGUAAAUGUAUUGUAUAUAGGCCAUUUAGAUCUGUUCAUUAUUUUUAGAUUUUUGAUAAGGUCUUAAAAAGUAAAAGUGAAUGAAUGUAUGUGCUGAGUUUCUUAGAACUCGUUGAGAGGCUAAAAAGAAAAGUCUCAUAUUUUAGACAUUUCCACGUCUUUGCACACAGAAGAUCUCCAGUGUUGUACUGUCUCUGGGACCAUGGAGGAUUCUCAAGGUCGGGCAUGAGAAAAAAUGAGGAGAAGACUAUUCUAUUUAAUUAUUUUCAAGUUUUUUAAGACUAUUAAAUCACUAAUUUGAAAACAAAACACCUUUUGUAUAUGAAUUGGUGAACUUGUUGCUGUUUAGGAGAAACAACAAACAAAUGGUUGAGGGUAAAAACAGGGGUCAAUAUUUUUCCUCUGAUUUAAUUCCACUUAGUUUUUAAGAUUCUGUCUUUAUUCACUCAGUAAAAAUCUCUUCCUCUGAUUUAGUUUGAUUUUAUGUCAAAAUUCCAAAGAGAAACAUUCUUCCUCCUCAUUUUUUUAAGCCUGUCCCUGAUCCUCUUCCCUUGUUGGACAUUUGGACCAAAUUCAACAUAAUUCCUGCUUCAAUACCAUCAGCCAAAGUGGGCUCAGCGCCUUGCAAUGCAUGUGAGAUUUUAAUUUUAAUCAAAUCUUUUGAAAAUACAAUAAAAAUCUGGUCCUCC